AUGUCGCAGAAAGCAACUGGAAUUGGAGAUCAACCACCACAAAUUCCACAACUACCACAACCCCUCCAAAAACAAGGACGUGCCCAUGGUUCUGGCGUUGGUAUUGGACCUGGACCUGGAGUUUGUAUUGGUGUUGGUGGAGGUGGCAAUGGGAGUGGAAAAAGGAACGGAAAUAGAGUUGGGAUUAUUGGAAGUGCUGUUCAUCUAAAGUCUCCUCCCAUUUUCUCUCUGUUUCCUCACCCCAAUCAGUCGACAUCUACCACAUCUGCAGAGAUGAACAUUCAGAAUUUGGCAGAUCGUCGUGCGGGCAUACAUCCUCAUGGGAGAACUCCUACCUUUAAACCUCCAAUCAAAAUUGAUGAAGCAGGUCCCGGUGAAGAAGAUGGCGGCGCAGAUGUGAGAGAUAUACCGUUCUAUAAACCCUAUAGACCAGGUUUGGGAGGAUCUCAUCUGGCAGGACCAGUAGGAACACCUCAAGGAAAUCGACCAAGAAGACUUUCGAUGGAUAGAUCGUUAGAUGCUGGCAUUUUAAGGAGAAGAACUCCAUCACCAACCCCCGAAAAGUCGGCAAAAACUCUACAAGCUCAAGUUGAUAUUCCUCAGCGGACAAGCAGUCUUUACAACGAAGAACACCGCGAGACGGGCCAACAUUUACAAGAACACUUUGAGAUGGGGGAGAGAGAGGAGCGUCUGGAAAUUAGAGAAUCAAGGCCGAGUAUGCUAUCGUCACAACAGUCGAUGUCUUCGCCUUCGACGGGACGUUCGCGUUCUCGAGCGGGUUCUUUUUCUUCCUAUCAAACAAAUGCCACAUCUCUACCAGCGUUGCAGAAAACAGGGGUGUUGGAAGAGGGAGAAUUACUGGUGCCAUUGAAUGAGGAAGAUAUUGAUCCUGGAUCUUUUGAUCUUGUGGCGGCAACUGAAACUGCAGCCAAACGAUUUUCUCUCGAAGCAAGAUCAGAACAACUUUUCUCGACCGAGCAUCUACGGACCAUUUUCAGUGACCCUUCGUUACUGUUACGAUUCACUUCUUUCCUGGGCGCGCAGAGACCUACUUCAAUUCCUAUACUUAUAUAUUAUUUGGAUGCUGUCAAAGCACUGAAAGCUAUCUCAUACUCGAACGCAAUUGCGGAGGCUCUAGAACCAAUCCCAGGGUUCGAUUUUACCGUGACUGCAGCCUCAAAGACAAUGAGCGCUCAACUGGAGGAGAAAGCUACAAAGGCUUUUGAUGUGUUGGUUCGAGAAGACCUGCCUGCUUAUAUUACAUGGACAUAUAUACAGACUGUCAGCAUAUCGAUUCAGAGACGAAUUACUGGAACUUUACCAGCACAUUUGAGAGAGGCCUCGGAGGGCUUAGCCGAGGUCUUUUGUUUGACCGAUCCUUCUCGUCCGGACAAUCCUAUUGUAUUUGCUUCCGAAGAAUUUCAUCGAACGACGCAAUACGGUAUGAGUUAUGUUCUCGGUAGAAAUUGUAGAUUUUUGCAGGGACCAAAAACCAAUCCAUUUAGUGUGAGAAGAAUUCGAGAGAAGGUUGAGUCUGGCCAAGAGCAUUGCGAGACUUUCCUUAAUUAUCGACGUGAUGGAUCUCCCUUCAUGAAUCUUCUAAUGUGUGCUCCAUUAUGCGAUAGCAAAGGCACAAUCCGAUAUUUCAUUGGCGCACAAGUUGACAUUUCGGGUCUGGUGAAAGAAUGUGCCGAAUUAGAAUCUCUUCAUCGUCUGGUUGCAGCAGAAGAACUUGCCGAGGAGCGCGCAGCAGAAAAAGCCGCCAACCCUAAUAUAAUACAGGAGGAACUUCCAGUCGCACCUCCGAAAGACGAAUUUCAAGAAUUGAGCGAAAUGUUAAACAUGCAAGAGCUGGACACAGUACGAAAAUGGGGAGGAAGGAUGCACAAAGAAACCGAGGAGGAUCAUUCCGACAACAAUCAUCGAAACGGAAACUGGCACAAACCGAGAUUGCAUCUCACAAGCACAAGUCCUGAUAUUAUGAAGCCAAAUGCACACUCAGGACGCAUCAGUGGAAAAUUAAAUGGUAUAUAUGAGAACUAUCUUCUCGUUCGUCCAUACCCAAGCUUGAGAGUCUUGUUCGCGAGUCCGACGCUCAGAGUACCUGGUGUUUUACAAUCACCCUUCAUGUCGAAAAUAGGAGGCAGUAAUCGUGUUCGUGAGGAAUUGACUCAAGCUCUUGCUGAUGGUCGAGGCGUCACUGCUAAAGUCCGUUGGGUUACCAAAGAUGAUUUGGAAGGUCGACCCCGCUGGAUUCAUUGCACACCACUUAUCGGUUCUAACGGCGCAAUUGGUGUAUGGAUGAUCGUCGUCGUCGAUGAUGAAGCUACGCAGCAGAAUAGCAAGAGAUAUAGAUUAGCGCCAGCGAUAGACCCAAGAUUUGGAAGGUCAAUACCAUUUGUGGGGAAGGCGGAUAGUAGUGCGGGAAGCAUAAGGGAUUUCUCGCUUACUGAUCAUCAUGGACCGAGUGGUGGUAGAGGUGCGGGAUAUCCACCACGGACACCGGGAUCACUAAGAAGUCUUGAGGGUGAUGAGGGUGAAAGUUUAAGGAGUGGAAGUCCAUAUACUUUGAGGAUUGACUGA